CCAAGAAAGACACGGGUGAACACCUCCAGUAAGGACACAUUUAGUUAUCGACAGAGACAAAACCAGCAGAUAUCAUGCAGGCAGAUGGACUGAAGGGUGUAGAUGGAGGUCUGCUGGCUGAUGCUAACGGGCAGGACGGGGACCCCAGUGGGCAGAAGGAGAGCGGUAUAAAGUGGCAGAAGCCAAGCAUCUCCCGCAAAUCCCUCAUGAAAUGCUGUCUGGUCAAAUGGAUCAUCGCUAGUGCGGCGCCCCAGGGCUCAAACAGCAUUGUUGGUGAUUUGGAGUUGUCCAUGGUGCGACAUCAGCCAGAGGGUCUGGAGCAGCUUCAGGCUCAGACCAAGUUCACAAGGAAGGAGCUGCAGUCACUCUACAGAGGCUUCAAAAAUGAGUGUCCUAGUGGAUUGGUGGAUGAGGAAACAUUUAAAACUAUAUAUUCCCAGUUCUUCCCCCAAGGAGAUGCAUCCAAGUAUGCACACUUCCUUUUCAAUGCAUUUGACCUGGACCGAAACGGCUCUAUACGCUUUGAAGACUUUGUAAUUGGCCUCUCUGUUCUGCUUCGAGGUUCUGUGACAGAGAAACUGAGGUGGGCCUUUAACCUGUAUGACAUAAAUAAAGAUGGCUACAUCACAAAAGAGGAAAUGUUGGAAAUCAUGAAGUCCAUCUAUGACAUGAUGGGCAGGUACACUUAUCCUAGUGUUAAAGAGGAUGAUCCAUUUGAACAUGUGGAGAAAUUCUUCCAGAAAAUGGACCGAAACAGAGAUGGUGUGGUCACCAUUGAUGAGUUCAUAGAGACCUGUCAGAAGGACGAGAACAUCAUGAGCUCCAUGCAGCUGUUCGAGAAUGUCAUUUAG